AACGGGAAGAGGGAAAGGAGAAAACAGAAAAGAAAUCGCAUGCCACUAUGUCUGAAUACAUCCUCUACUGGUAGAUAAUUCCAUCCGAGUUGCCCUUUGCCUUUUAUUUCCGUUUUUGGACACGUCUUUUAUCAUCCAGCCAACUGGGACAGACAAAGCACUGCUGGUGCUCUGAGCGACAGAACUCUAGUAGGGGGCUGGCUGUAAAUCGACGUGGCGUGGAAAUCCUCCGCUGAGUUGUAGCAGCUUGCCUGUUUCCCGUAAGACCAAGCCCAGCCUCCUGGAGCUGGAGCUUUAUCACCAUGGGCUCAACUUUACAGAAAAAUGGAUAGAAAAAGUCUUCAGGUCCUUUCUUUGGACUCAAAUGUUUUCUUUUUGAGUAUCUAUGGCUUAGCUGAGAAAAUCAAAGUAGUUAAGUCUGUAACUUUCCUUUUGCAGCUUAAACAACAGAAUUUGCUGCUCUCCCUCCCCUAUCCUGCAAUUUAAUUCCUUACAGACUUUGCCAUGGGGUGCGGACUUAGAAAGCUAGAAGACCCUGAUGAUAGCAGCCCUGGAAAAAUAUUUUCUACCCUGAAGAGACCGCAAGUGGAAACAAAGACAGAAUUUGCUUACGAAUAUGUACUGCUGGAUUUUACUUUACAAGCAUCUCCAAACCCAGAAGUCAUCAAAAUAAAUUCAAUUCUAGAUAUAGUAACAAAUGUGGAAGACUACUACCUUAAAGGAUAUAGUAUUGGAGCUAUUCAUCCUGUCAUACAAUCUGCAGGGCAGCGAAAACCCCUGCCUGCAAGUUAUUUAUACAGGGCAGUGCUGUCGCGCUUGAAAGUAAGCCCGAAGCACUCAGCAGCACCCAGUGGACAAAGACGCCCAAGGCUUGUGAUUGAAGAAUGUCCUCUAACUUAUGAGACACAAACAAAUGACAUAGCAAAAGAACUGAUAGAAAAGAUUAAUGUAGCUGCUAAAAGAGGAAUGAAAUUUGUUGGAUUCAUAUCGCAGCAAUAUCCACCACUUAAAUUCUGCAAUGGAGCCAACCAUGAUGGAGAUACAGAAUCAACAGCUCCCGUGAGACACAGUUCAGAUGAAAGCUGUAGAAGCUGGCAUGAAGAAACAGUAAGUGGGCCAUCAUCUGAAAGUGGCAUUGAGGAAGAGCUUCAUCAUGAUAGUGCAAAGUGUCAAACGGAGCGAGCUGGCAGCCCCAGGUCCUCGAAAUCAAGAAAGGGAGAAGAUAUUAAGUUGUACAUAUUCUUCAAUGUCUUCGAUGAUGAAUCAACCUGUUGGUCCUAUCAGGAAGGCAUCCUGUCAAUGAAAGUAACAAGAAAAGGAGCUGUCAUUAGUACUCUUGAUGCUGAUUGGCUGGAGUUAACUACAUUUUAUUAUAAACAAGGCCUGUCUUUAAUUGAUUCUUUUGUAUGCUGGGAAACAUCUAAAGGGGACCAUUUGCCUAAAUCUUUGGAAGGAUUCUUUAUCUAUGAAGAAGAAGGUUCUGGAGUUCCAGGUUCCAGUAGGAAAGGAAAUGAUGCCAUUGUAGUAGAACAAUGGACUGUUAUUGAGGGCUGUGAAAUCAGAACGGAUUAUGGACCUCUGCUGCACACUCUGGCUGAGUUCGGAUGGCUCCUGACAAGCGUGUUGCCUACACCUGUACUGAGACAUGACAGUGAAGGAAAUUUGACUACAAAGCAAGUUGUGUUUCUUCAGAGACCAGUUAUGUGGAAUUCAGUUCCUCAAACACCAAAAAGGAAAGCCAGCCAGCAUAUAAAAGGUGAAGACAGGAACAAAGUCACCAGUAGGAGCGUUGGACUGGACACGGCCACGUCACAACCUACGGAGAGCAGGCACUCAGAGGAGUGCCUGCUCUCUCCUUCCAGAGAAUGCUGGGCGAAGGAGAGGAGGCCAGCACAGUACAGCAGCUUCUCUGGGCUCAGCAGCAGUGACAGCGUCCUACGGGAAUUAGACGAUGGACAGUUUGAUCAGGAAGAUGGAGUAACUCAGGUCACUUGUAUGUGAGCAGUGAGGUAAAGCAAUGGAAGGCCCUGUAAAUAAUGAUUAAAAUAAUUGCCAGCUGACUUGACUGUAUUACUUUCUCUGCAUUUAUGUAAUACUUUUAUUUUUUCCAGACUCAGACUUCCUCUAAUCUUCAUAAACUUGGCUCAAUCUCCCAAAUGAGGUAGAAUAACCAACAUAUUUGUAAAUUCAGAAUCAUGUUUACACUUCUCUUAACUAAAACAUCUGUUUAAACAGAUGUCUCAUUAGAUAAUCUACUUCAGUUUCUCAUGAUUGUGUAAGGUAUACUUUGCCUACAAUUUCUGGUAAGAAGACUUACCAGUAUUUUACCUAAUUAGAAAGUUCUUGGGAGAUGAGAGUCUUACUAGGCUAAAAAAUAACCUCUCUCUCUCUCUGUAACACACACACACACACACACACACACACACACGUAAAGGCUAAUUAAUGAAAUACCUAUUUUCUGAAUAUAACAGUCCAAAUUUUGUCUUAACUAUGGCAUGUAUAUACAAAGCAAGCCCCUAUUUGUUAAAAUACUCCCAUAAAAAAAAUCCUUUUUGAAUGUCUUUGCUUUUAAAGAGUCACCAUGUUACCAGCCCUGUACUGAUCACUGACCUUAAACUUUGUUUCUUCUCAUAGCCUAGAAGUAGAGUGAAGCAUCAGCCCUUCAAAUUCACUACAAAAAGAACCCACCAUCUUAAUGUUUUAAAACCUUAGUAGACAGAAAGAAUUAUUUCCUUUAAAUUGCAAAUAGUAUGAAAAGGGAAAACAACUUUAGAUGGAACCUGGUCUUUCACAUCUGUCUAGACUGGGAUUAUGCUUCUGUUUUGAUUGCUAAAUCAUGAAGGAUGCGGAAACACAGAAUCAUCAGUCCAGGUGCUCAGUGUAAGCAAGGUGUAUGGUGACCUUUCUUUUUCAUCUCUGCUUUGCUUGCUCUGCUAAUAGAGAUGCCUUUGCCUUGCUCAGCCUCUGACAGGAAAAGGUUAAGAUUCUACAAAAUAAAGGAUUUUCAUUUAUCUAUGAAAGGCUUAUACUUUGAAAUGUGGGAACCUUCAAGUGAAUUACAACUGACUUUGCCAUUGAUGCGUUCCACCUAUUAUAUAUUUUUAUUAGCAUUGGUGUGUACAUUAUAAAAUCAUUUAAAUAAUAAAAUAUCAUUUCUUA